GCUGCCCUUGUGCUCGACGGCCACGCCUCACACACGACCUUCGACGCCAUCAGCUUGGGCAUCUCCCUGGACAUGGACCUAUUCCAGCUUCCAUCCCACACAUCGCACAUCACCCAGCCCUUGGACGUCGGUACGUUCGGAACCUUCAAGAUGGAGAUCACCAAGGUGCUCACGGCCUACCCGCUAAAGAACGGGGGGAGGAGUCCGGUGAAGCGCGACAUGGCUGGCGUGAUUGCGGAGGCAUGGGCAGGGAGCUUCACGCCUGAGAACAACAAGGCGGCGUUCAAAGGGUCGGGCUUGUGGCCGGUGAGCAUGGAGAAAGCUAUCAACAGACUACACAGCAAGAGGAAGCAACGGGACCAUGACCGCCCUAUUCGUGAAGACCUCGCCGUGGUUGCCUCUAAGGAUCAACUCGAGCGAGACCUCGGCCGCGCUGCCCUCCUGGAGCUGAAAAGACACGGGCUGAUGAUCGAGGGGCUCCGUGUCAACACCGUGUUCCUUGGCGGGCUCACCCGCCUCACCAAGCGCACCAAGGCUUUCGCGACCGUUCGGGCGGGGGGGGGGAAGCCCGAAGGUGGUCUGCUGUCCGCCGAAGAACAUCUUGCUCAGGCCAAGAAGGACCAAGAAGCGAAGCAGGCAGCUGAGGAAGCAAAGGCGGCACGCGCGGAGGCAAGGGCAACGAAGGAGGCCAACCAACAAUCUGGAGCAGUUGGUGGGCGGGGCGGCGGGCAGGGCGGCGGGCGGGGCGGCGGGCGGGGCGGCGGGCGGGGCGGCGGGCGAGAGGGGGGGAGAGGUGGAGGGCGCGAGGGUGGGAGAGGUGGAGGGCGGAGCGGGGGGCGUGGCGAAGGACGGGGCGGGGAACAGGACGGAGGGCGGGGAGAGAGGAGCGUGAGGGUUGAGCUAAGCGGGACGCGGACGGCGAUCAGGGGGCGCGGUGGCGGUGGGCGAGAGGGGCGUGGCAGAGGACAGGGUGGCCAGGACCGCACCACUGGUGCUCGUGGAGAGCAAAUGGGGGCGGGAGGGCGGGGGGGGGACGAGGGGAGAGGUGCUCCCGUCCAAGGAGGAGCGGGACGGCCGAGAGGGGCGGCGGUUCCCUUGGUUCACCCGCCGCCGUCGGCGGCUCCCAUUUCUUCCCGAGGACGGCAGCGGAUCCCGACACCAAUCGUUGAUGUUUAGACCAGGGCAGAUGCUUUGCGGUUGUUGUUGUUUUUCUGGGCUACUAUUGUCUAGGCGGUGGAUGAAUUAGACUAUACGAGUAAAGCAGAAGAUUAGGUGGUUUGUGGGGGCAUGUGGAGAUGGUUAGGGUGCACCCCAGCAGCGCGGGGGGGGCGGGGGGGUUGAUACCGGGAAACCCGGGGAUAUGGUAAUUUUGUCCCCGGGCAUGCAUGAUUUUUUUUUUUUUUUCAACAGCGUUUCUUGUGAUAAAACAAACCUACACACCAAAGGGCGUCUUGUGGGAAUGUAAGAUGACUGUGAAAAAAGGGAAAUGGCCUUGGGGUUCUUGCGGAGAAUUAUAGCGGUAGCGGCCGGGUCAAGGGGUGCCUGUUUGAACGGGCAUUACAUCACAUGCGCGAAGUUUUUCGUCCUAAUUUUUUUUUCUUGAGUCUGUAUAUGAUCAGAUUAGACCCACUGUGCAAUAAUCUCUUAGUUUUGGCUCUUUUCAUGUGUGCAGCACCGCCGUACGGUCAAAAAUGGGGUAAAAUCCGUCCCCGAUUUCAGGCGGAAAACCCGGGGAUGUGAGGAUUUUGUCCCCGGGCGUGGAUCGAUUCCAUUUUUUUUUUUCCUAAACGGAUAUAUGUUGCGACAGACGUAUCUCCACAAAAAAUCAGAUCAUGAAACGCUUCAGAACGCACGAAAGCAGCUACAAAGCUAAAGUGUUCGUUAAUUGGGGGGGGGGGUUUUUCCUGCAUU